AUGUCAAUGAAAACCUUAAAUUUGCUGGUGUCCAAAACAAUUAUUAGUCAUAAGAAUAACCAAACAGAGUGGGCCAGUGAAUAUAACUUUGACAAUAUCAAGACUAUUGUUACAAAAGUAUUGAAUACGGCAGUCAAUGGACUCAAUGAUGUUACCAAAAGUAAAUUGACUCCAGAUACCAUUUCAUUGUAUCUGGAGAUGACUUUUGAAGACUGGGAGAAAAAAGAAGAUAUGGCUUCAAAAUUAAUUCAGAGAGCAAAAAUGGAUAUGGAUACCUUUAUCAAACCUGUUAGUUUGGUAUACCGCCGACCACAACAAUUCUCACACUUAGUUAAAGCUACGAAGGGACCAGAAGUAUCGUUGUAUACUAAAGCAUAUCAAAUUGCCGACCAACAUGAAAAGGUUGCUAAUCUAUUCAAGUCUCGUGUGGAAUCUGGUUACUAUUUGAAUAAUCUUGAAGGACAAAACUCUGCCAUUAGAUUGAAGCGUUAUAGUGAUGAGAGUGAUGCUAUUAUCUCUGGAAAUGAAAGAAGCAAAGAGUUUAAGGAAUAG